CAGCUCGUACAGCUGAGAAGCUGGCGAUGCGUGCCUUGUGUGCCAAUGAAAUGGACCGAUGAUGAUAUACCUCUCCAGUCAAAAGACCCGGCACGAUGGAUUUCAUGAGGAUAGCAACGCUGGUGCUCGAUCUCACCCUCCUGGGCCUCUUGUUCACAGCCGGACUCAUCAUCUACCGAUUAACCCUCAGCCCUCUAGCACGCUUCCCAGGCCCGCGUCUCGCCGCCGCCACCGGCUUGUACGAGAUGUACUAUCAACUCGUCCAAGGCGGCAUCUUCACCUGGAAAAUCAACGAGUUACACGACCAGUACGGCCCCAUCGUGCGCGUCAAGCCCAACGAGCUCCACAUCCGCGACCCCGACUACUACGCCACGCUGUACUCCGGCCCUGGCACGCACCGCGACAAAGAAGCCGGUUUCAGCUUCAUCGCCUACCCGCAGUCGCUCUUCUCGACCGAGGGCCACGAGCUGCACCGCGACCGCCGCCGCGUGCUGGGCCAGUUCUUCAAGAAACACGCCAUUCUGCAGAUCGAGCCGGCCCUCCGCACCAAUAUCGAGCUGCUGCUCCGGCAUUUUGCGGCCGUGGUGGGCAGUGCGGACUGUCUGGAGCUGCAUACGGCGUUCCAGUGUUUCACCGCGGAUACGCUCUCGCAGUACUGCUUCGGCCGCCAGCAGGGGUUCCAUUACCUCGAGGAUGCGGAACUGGCGCCCACUUGGAAGUUGCGGAUCAACUGGAUGUUCGAGUUUUGCCGCAUGAAUCGGCAUCUGCCGUUCCUAGUGUCUCUAGCGAGGAGGUGGCCGGCGAUGGCGGAGAAGUUGUGUCCGCCGUUUGGGUAUAUCAUGGGGAUGGAGCAGGAUGUGAAAAGCUUCGUCCGCCACGCCAUUCACCAACACCAACAACCACCCUGCACCACCUCUCCUUCUUAUCCACAAGACAGCAACCAACAAGCCAUCUACCCAUCCAUCCUCGCAGACCCCGCCGUGCCCCCCAGCGAAAAGACCCCGUCCCGUCUCGCGGACGACGCCAUCUUCCUCAUGAUGGCCGGCACGGAUGCCCCUGCCCAAGCCCUCGCCAUCACCAUCUUCCAUAUCCUGGAUAACGAGGCCGUCCACCGGAAGCUGAGAGCGGAGCUCUGUGCCAAUAUUGCGGAUGCGAGCACCGUGCCGGCGUUGGAGAGGUUGGAGCGACUUCCUUUUCUUAGCGCAACAAUCAAAGAAGGCCUCCGACUCUCCUCCCUCGUCACUACUCGCCUCCCGCGCCUCGCACCAAACGAGACCCUACACUACAAGCAGUGGCAGAUCCCAGCUGGAACUCCAGUAAGCAUGUCCACCUACUUCAUCCUCCGCGACCCGCACAUCUUCCCCGCCCCGACCCGCUUCCACCCUGAACGAUGGCUACUCGACGACCCCGCGGACGUGCAGCGCCUGCAGCGGUAUCUUGUGCCUGCCUCCAAGGGGACAUUAGGGUGUCUGGGCCAGAAUAUGAACUCCGCCUGGAUGCACCUCGUGCUAGGCACGCUGUUCCGGCGCUACGAGCUCGCCCUCCACGACACGCGCCGCGCGAAUGUGGAGAUGGCACGGGAUAACUUCAUCGGGCAGACGGCGGCGGGGAAGAAUAAUGUUUUUGUGAGGGUUCUGGGGGUGGUCUCUUGA